AUGGAAAUCCACCAGUGUUCAACUAUAGCUGAUGCCCCUAAAAGCACAUCAGUGACUGUAAAUCCAUCUGGUUCUGUGUUGGAGGGCCGUUCAGUGACUCUGACCUGCAGCAGUGAUGCAAAUCCACCAGUGUUCAACUAUAGCUGGUACAGAGACACUGAAGAACAACUGGAACAGACUGGACAAAAUCUCACCAUCAACAAAACCAACCCGUCACACAGUGGUCGAUACUACUGUACAGCUCAGAAUCAAUACGGCACCCAAAACUCAUCUGUACUGCUGGAUAUUCAGUAUGCCCCUAAAAACACAUCAGUGACUGUAAAUCCAUCUGGUUCUGUGUUGGAGGGCCGUUCAGUGACUCUGACCUGUAACAGUGAUGGAAAUCCACCAGUGUUCAACUAUAGCUGGUACAGAGACACUGAAGAACAACUGGAACAGACUGGACAAAAUCUCACCAUCAAUAAAACCAACCUGACACACAGUGGUCGAUACUACUGUACAGCUCAGAAUCAAUACGGCUCCAAAAACUCGUCAGUACUGCUGGAUAUUCAGUAUGCCCCUAAAAACACAUCAGUGACUGUAAACCAGUCUUCUUCUAUGAUGGAGGGCCGUUCAGUGACUCUGACCUGCAGCAGUGAUGCAAAUCCACCAGUGUUCAAAUAUAGCUGGUACAGAGACACUGAAGAACAACUGGAACAGACUGGACAAAAUCUCACCAUCAACAAAACCAACCCGACACACAGUGGUCGAUACUACUGUACAGCUCAGAAUCAACACGGCACCCAAAACUCGUCAGUACUGCUGGAUAUUCAGUAUGCACCUAAAAUCUCCUCCUCCUCCUGUAGCCGCAAUGACAUAAUGGUGUGUGUCUGUGAGGUUUGUGGAAAUCCGUCUCCUACACUGCAGUGGCAUCUGUCUGGACAUCCCAUCAUUAAUUCUACGGACACGGCCAUCAGUGAAGAGCGAGUAAAGAACACAAGUUUAAGGAGUGUCCUCACCAUCCGUCAAUUACUCAAAGACUCGCCCUCUCUGCUGUGUGUCAGCACUAAUGUUCAUGGCACUGCCAGCCAUAAGAUUCAGCUGCUUCUAACUCCACAGGAUAAGCCAGAUUUCCACUAUCCCUCACUGCUGGUUGGAGGUGCUAUUGGUGCAUCAGUGAUGGUGAUGAUUUGGAUCAUGAGACUUUUCUACAAACGAAGACAGAACUGCAAACCAUUAGAGACCAGACAAGAAGAUAACAUCGGGCUCAUUCUGACUCAAAGAGCUGUUGUGCAUGACGAAGAAGAGGAGCAGCUUAUUUAUUCCAAUAAAGCCACGAUGCCUAAUGGUGGAGGGUUCACUCAAGAAUCUCUCCAUUAUUCCUUAAUUGACUUCACAAACACCGAACCAGCAUCAGGAGAGAUCAUUGGCCUCUCGUCUCUGACGACUGAAUACGCCGUCAUCCAACAUCAUACAGCAGGAGCACCAGAGGGAGAGAACGACAUCUCAGCAUCUGCGAUGGACUCCAAGAAAGAUCAAACCACAGGAGACAAGAUGGAAAACACCACAGACGUGCCCUCAAUGUCAUCAGAAGAUGCAACGUAUGGAUAUUUCACCCCUCGCUAGGUUGUUUACAGAGAUGUUACUACAGGUCAAGAAAACUGGACCAGACUCACUCAUCCAAACUUUCAAACUUUUAUGGAAAAAUUCAACAACAUAAAUCUAGAUGUUAUGCUUCUAACUUGAAAUCAGUGGCCAGAGAUUGUAUCUGCAGAAAGAGUCAGAGGUUCAAACCUGAGUUUGGGUAGUGCAAAGCAUUUUUCUCAACCAGAUCAGCACUUGGAAAUUGACUUGACAUCAGUGUAACCAUUUUAUUGAUAAGUUCUAGUGUGAACAGCACUGUAAGCUUCUUAAGUUUUACUCUUUCAGACAGAAACAUCUCAAUGUGGCUAGAAAGGUAUUCCAGUACCCCCUUCAUAGAUACAGCUGUGGCCAAAAGUAGUGGCAGUGACAUAAAUUUUGUGUUUUGCAAAGCUUGCUGCUUCAGUAUUUGUAGAUAAUUCUUUCACGCGAGUGUAUAUGUCACACUCAAUAUAUGCAAAGAGUCAAUAUUUACAGUGUUGACCCUUGUUCUUCAUAAACUCUGCAAUUCGCUCUGGCAUGCUGGAUAUCAGCUUCUGGGCCAAAUCCUGACUGAUGGCAAUUCAUUCUUGCCUUAUUAGUGCUCGGCUUGUCCACUCGCCUUUUGAGGAUUGACCACAGGUCCUCAAUGGGAUUAAGAUCCGAGGAGUUGCCUGGCCAAGGAUCCAAAAUUUCAAUGUAAUGAUCUCCGAGCCACUUCAUUAUCACUCUAGCCUUGUGACAUGGUGCUCCAUCAUGCAUGGAUCAUCACCAAAUUGCUCCUGGAUUGUUGGGAGAAGUUGCUCUUGCAGGACGUUUUGAUACCAUUCUUUAUUCAUGGCAGUGUUUUUGGGCAGAAUUGUGAGCGAGCCCACUCCCUGCAAUGAAAAGCAACCCCACACAUGGAUGGUCUCAGGAUGCUUCACUGUUGGUACGACACAGGACUCGUGGUAGCGUUCACCUUUUCUUCUCCGGACUAUCGAUUUUCCAGAUGUCCCAAACAGUCGGAAGGGGGCUUCAUCAGAGAAAAUAUUUUUGCACCAGUCUUCUGCUGUCCAGUUGGAGAGAAGUGGGUUCUUUGCUGCCCUUCUUGACACCAGGCCAUUGUCCAAAAGUCUUCACUGUGCAUGCAGAUGCACUCACACCAUAACCUGCUGCCAAUAUUGAGCUCUGCACUGGUGGUGACACGAUUCCAUAGCUGACUCCUCAGGAGGAGACGGUCCUGGUGCUUGCUGGACACUCUGGGACGUCCUGAAGCCUCCUUCACUGCAGUUGAACCUCUCUCCUUGAAGCUCUUGAUGAUCCGGUAAAUGGUUCUUUCAGGUGCAAUAUUCUUUGCAGCAAUUUACUUGCAUGCAAGGCCAUUUUGAUGCAUAGCGAUGAUGGCUGCACAUCUUUCUUUUGAGGUAAUCAUUGCGAACAAGAACACAAUGAUUGGAAGCACUUCUUCCCUCCUUUUAUAGCAAUCAGUCUGCUCUUAUAAUCCAAUCAGAAUGAUCGAGUGAUUUCACCUGACUAGUACUCAUUCACACUUUCCCAGGUGCUGCUGAUAUCAUCAGUGAAAUUAUGUUGGCUGGUCAUUUUGUGCCAGCACCAAAAAACUGUGAAAUUUGGGUUUUUGUGGUAGUUAAUUUUUUCGGCCAAUUAAGCUUUUUGCAAUUAUUUAAAAUGCAUCUGAUCACUCUGCACAAUAAUCUAGAAACAAUGUGAAUCAACACCACAACAACUGAAGCAGAAAACUUUGCGAAACACAAAAUGUAUGUCACUGCCAAUACUUUUGGCCACGGCGGUACAAUAUUAUAUAAAGUGCUGCCUAGUAGCUUUUGUGUAUAUUGCUUUUUAUAAUUGGAUUUAGAGGAUAAUUAUGUCUAUUAAAUAAUGUACUUUUCCAAAUAUCCAAAACUUCAAGAACAGAGACACAAACCUUUAGUAACUUUUGUGGGUUGUGGAUGAAUUUAAAUCUCUAAUGUUGAUAUAAACUUUUGUCUCUGAAAUCCUUAAAAUAUUUUACACAAGUUUGAUAAUAAAUACAGAGCAUUUAAGAAAUACAAAAGUACACAAGUGCUAUCAAUAGAGACACAAUCUUUGUAGAUUAACAUCAGUUCAAACCACUUCCUGACUAAGUAACCACAUGGAUUUACUGCAGUCUGCGUACUGUUCCCUUUUGUUAAAUAUAGAUUGAUUUGUGUUCUAGUCUUUGGCGCAGAACGAAAGCCCAAGUGAUCUACAUUGAUAUAGAGUCAUCAUUACACAAAGCCCUGAAGGGUCUUUUAGGUAUUAACUGGGGUAGGGAUGCCCCGAUGUAUAUUGAUAAUCAUUGGACAGUUAUUGACCAAAUUACAACCAUUUAUAAUUAUUAUUUAAUUCAUUAUCAACACACCUUGUAAAAACUCUGGGAAUUCAAAUGCACAAUCCAGAAAUAAUGAUGUAGGGUUAAGCCCAAGGGUUGGCACUCCUAAGAAUGUGUAAUAUUAAAUUGGUAUUCUUUCUCGUUUUCAUAUUAAUGAGGACAAAUGGGCAUUACAGACAUGACAGCUGGAAACCAUCCAAAACUCUUUAACUUAUAAAACAUUGGUAUGGUAUCCAUUAAGGGUGCAUUGAUUGCAUUCAGAUUAAAAUCACAAUAUGCAUUGAUUAAUAAAUCUUAAAAGGCUGUGUUUUAAAAUAUGGUAUGCAUUUCAGUCCUGCAGUCAGCGCUGUGUGAGCAAAUGGCGCCCUCUAGUGGUCUGGACGGCAUUAUCAUUACACCAUGAUAGAGUUUAAAUUUAUUUAUUUUUUCUUUGGUUAAAACUUACUUUUGAAUGAUAUUGUUUUCAUUUCUGUGGAAUUGCCCAACGUAUGCAUAAUAUUAAUUUGUAAUGUUCUAUCAUGUUCAGUACAUCCGUGUAAAAUGUGAGUUCUGUUGUUUAGAACUGCAAAAACAAAAGUGUAAACAUUUUUCAGUCAAGUUAUUUUUUUGGUCUUUUUUUUUAAUCAUUUUAUCUUCCAUGUAUCUUUCAUUAUGGCUGACUCGCUUGUAAAAUUUCACCUGCCAUGUGUUUAACAGAUCCAAUCUAUGUUCAAUGGAAAUUAUUUAUUGUUAGAACCAGGGCCGGAUUACCGACCGGGCUAACGGGGCCAGUGCCCAGGGGCCCUUGACUGCCCAGGGGUGCCCCGGGCUUUAAGGCUGCACUAGAUCAGUUUGGUGACCCUUUCGGGCAUGACCAACGAACCGCCCCACCACCACCACAACAACUUAUGAGCAUGAACAACAAAACCCCACCCAACUCAACAACUUGGAGAUAAUUGGGCCCAGGGCCUUUGCAAGUCAUAAUCUGUCCCUGGUUAGAUCAAUAAAAAAGCUUUUGAACCUUUUCGUACAUUUAUAAA